AUGGAGGACCCAGCAUCCCUUCUUAAGGGCAAAGAUGACAGACCCAGUGUUGCACUUUCACGAGAAUACGACAAUCUGUACCAGCUAGAACUCAAGUACUGGUCCGUUAGGACCUUAAGGAAGACCGUGAGAUAUACGGGGUGCGUAGCGCUUACCGGGCAGUUGAUUGCCGCCCUCUUUUGCUUCAUUGCAGCACCGUGGGCGGACUCGGCAGAAAAGAACCGACACCUCAGACUCACGGGAUGUAUUCUGCUAUCCACCUUCUCCGGCAGUUGCCUCUUCUUCUCGAUUGCUGCAGUUGGUGUCGCGUGGGUGACAAGUGUGAAAGCCCACGUGGGCAACGCGCUGCUCUUCGCAAGCUUCCACCUCAAGUCUCUUAUGUACUCUUCCUGUGCAUGCGCCAUCUCUGCUGCACUUCUAAAGUGCAUCGGCUUUCUGUUUUUUACUAUAGGGACCCAGCAACUGAUAGCUGCGCUGGCGGAAGGCGCUCUACCUAAGGGUUUCUUCGCUUUCGCCGGCUAUAGUCAUCUGUGGUGGCUGUCGCCUCUCAUUGCAGCAGCAGUUCUUGCUGCUGUCUUGCUGCUGUGCCACUACCUCGAACUCCUUCUGGCUGUUUCUCGGGGAGGCUACCACAUAUUCUGUCCACCGAACCCCCACCUUUACAGUUUAGAUGACUUGGCGCGCGAUGCGGCACAAGGAAGGCCUUUGUCACUGUCUCCCAGCAAGCCGCGCAGCCCGCCAUCUGUUGCGGCUUUUGCCCAACUGUUUCGAGAGAAGCUGUCCCCGCGCCUACAGGGGCCAGCUAUGGCGCAGCAGCGAAGGACUGUGGGAGGCCCUGCAUCAGCAGCUACAAGGCCAGCAGCGACCGACCAGGAGGCUCUAGUCACAGAGCGUAAAUUCAAUGCAGAGCCCUCACAGCAGACGAAGGCAUCCUCUGAAGGUGCGUGGCUAGUUGCCCUAUGGCUUAGGGGAUCCUUCUUCUUGGCAAGCCUUGGUGCUCUCUGUAUUGCACUGUCAUUGGGCCUCUGUGCCAUGGUUUCUGAUUCCGGAGCAGCAUUCCAUGGUAGCCGAGGCCCCGCUGCAUUUGAUGAAAUUUCUAAUCUACUGCUGGCAACCCAGCGGCAGCCCAUGCAGCAAGUUGAGGUCUCCUUUGUCACUGUUCAACAACAGAAGCCGCUGCUUGGUGGAGGCGCCCAGUUGGCACGGAACUUCCUGCAGCAGCAGGAAGACGCCUUGUUUUUAGAGAAUCAGCGCCUCCGGUGGCAACAGCGAAGUUCGCAUUUGUCUCAUGUCCUUCAAGCGCCUGCUGAAAACUCAACGGGUGACGCCUUCCACAUAUCAUCCAUGGUUGAUCACGGCGCUGAGGCUAUAUCAGGCAACUCAUUUUUGCAUCUCCGGCGCCACGAUGGCCCUCAGAAGGACAAAGCACAUCAUCAACACGGCAUGAAGAGCGCCGCUGCGUUGCUGCUUCUCGCACUAGUGCUGCUGACGCCUAUAAUAGGAACCAGCUUGGCCGAGUGGAUUGAAGAUAUCUUCUUUGCGCACAUGGUGCUGAUAAAGAGAAACCCUUGUAUGAUCGUACCACCACCAACGCUAGCCAUCCACCCACGAACCCCUGUACUAGAACCAGCCAAGCUAACAGAAGCAGCACCAGCCUCCGCGGAUAGUUCGGACCCCCUUCUGCACUUGACUCCAGAAAAAAUGACGCACCAUACGCCUCAAAACUUCCUAGGCCUCCAUACACAGCCGAUGCAAGAGCAGCAGCCAGAACAGCCGAGGAAGCAGCAGACACAGGGCGAGCAGGAGCAGCAACCAUAG